AGAGGCGGGCGUUUUGGGGAUUCAUGGCGAGGGGCUCGUCAGUGCAGGCGCUCUACGAGCUCUGCAAAAAGACCUUCUCGCCUUCUGCCGCCGCUUCCUCUCCUCCUCCCACCUCCGCCAUCCGAAAGAUAGCUGCCCUCUUGGAUACAAUCAGUCCAGUGGAAGUCGGACUCAAAGCUGAUGAUCUGGAGGAUGAUAGGGGUCAUGGCUUUUUUGGCUCAAGCAUAUAUAAACAUUCAACCAGGGUAGCUCGAUGGGCUCAACCGAUAACAUACUUGCAUAUAUAUGAGUGCAAUAGUUUUUCGAUUGGUAUAUUCUGCUUGCCCACUUCAUCUGUUAUUCCACUUCAUGACCAUCCUGGGAUGACUGUGUUAAGUAAGGUUCUAUAUGGUUCUAUGCAUGUGAAGUCAUAUGAUUGGAUAGAACCUGCCUGCUCGAUGCGAAGUAACAAGCCAGAUGACUUUCCUGUAACAUUGGCAAAAUUACACAUGGACACUGUUCUGACAGCACCAUGUCCAACCACUGUUCUAUUCCCAAGAAGUGGUGGCAACUUGCAUUGUUUCACUGCAGUGACUUCUUGUGCUGUUCUUGAUGUCUUGGCUCCACCAUAUUCUGAGGAAGCAGGACGGUGUUGUACCUAUUACCAUGAUUACCCAUACUCCACUUUCACACCUGUGAGUAGAAUUGUAGUGAAUGAGAACGAAGAUGAAUAUGCAUGGCUUGAGGCUAUAGAAGCUCCAGAUGAUCUUCACAUGCGUUCAGGCAGAUAUACUGGACCAGCUGUACAGUUCCUAACAACAGGAAGAGUCAUGGUUUCCAGGAUCAUGCACUGUAGUCUGAAGUAUUAUCCCUUCUUGGUGCACAUCAAGCUACAGUGAGAGCAACUCCUCCAGCAUGAAAGAGAAGAUGACAGCUCAAUCUACAGGCCUAAUCUGAUUUGAAGAACAUUGGUCCAAUGUAACAACCUUAUGCAUGCUAUGGUUUUGUUUUGCUACCACCGAAUGAAAGUUUCUUAUUAAUUUUGAACUGGAAAGCAAAACGGCUGUGUUAUCUUUGCAUGUUGCAGUUCAAGUUCCCUUGGUCCAGAAUCAGACUGCUAAGUUAGCUUCAGGUUGUUUCUAACUUUAUGUUCGCAGACGAAUGUAAAAGAUCUAGGACACUAUUUUUAUCUUGCAAAUAAAUCAGUGAAAGAACUUUGAGCCACAA